CCCUGCCCUCUCUCCUUUAUCGUCCCCUCUAUGGAAUCAGAGAAGUUGCCCCGCCCCACUGCCUCCAGCUCGCUACCCACCGCAGCCGCUCUGUCCCCGUCGUCCGCUAAUUGGAACCAUAACCCCCACGGUGCUAAGAGGAAGACAAAAGCGACCUUCGGCCCAUCUCUGGCGCCGCCUCGCUCCUUGUCCAUCGAACUUCCAGUUCGUCCACUGCCCCCUACCCCCUUAGGCCACCGGGCAUGGAGGCCCUCCGCCGAAACCCCAACGAUUGCCGCGUUGUCCACCGCCUUCGGUCUGUCGCGAACUAAAUUUUGGUUUAAAUUGUGAAGUAUACGAAGUGAUUAAGGAGUGUAUAUUUCCUUUGUAUAAACCUAAAAUUGGGUUUUAGGUGGUUGGAUUUGGAUAGGAGCUCAAUUGGAAAUGAUCUUAUUGCACUAAGCGUGAUAAUGGUCUAGCAUUGUGUUUCUCCAUGGUACAAGAACACAACCAUCACAGCACCUCGCUCCCAGUCUAAAGACCAAGAGACUUGCUUGCGUGUUUGCACUUAAGGGACUUAUUUGCUUUGCUCCGUUCCAAUCCUACUUUAUUUAUUUGAGAAGUGGCAACACUGUCCUCCGAUUGACAGUUCUAUCUUCCACAAAAGCACAACCAUCUCGUGCUGCUUGAGAGGUGUUUGAUGAAUUGCUUCUAAAGUAGUAUUUAUUUCCAAUUUAGGGCCUGUUUUUAGCUAAAUUUUAGCACUUGAAAAUCUAAACAUGAGUGCUAAAAGUGAAGUGCUAAACUUUAGCAUUGAAUAAUAAUUUAGUUCCUGAAGAUAUGCUAAACUUUAGCACAUUUGCAAAAGUUUAGCACAUGAGAUCCAAAUAGGCCCUUAAUAAAGGAAGAUUAUAAUUCUUUUUGCAUAGGAUUGAUCAGGCUUAAGUUAGCAUUUAGUGUUGUUGCUUGCCAUAGAGAUAUUUUGGCGGCUGCUUUUGCAAAACGCAACACUACAGAAAGAUGAAUAUUCUUUCAUUAGGCAGGAGACAAGGAUAUAAUUUAGGAGAUUUGGUUGUGGCAGUAUAGGUGGCUCACAGAUGAGAGUUUUAUUUGGGUCUCAUGGCGAUGGUUCAUUGAGAACUUGGUCUUCCAAUGGGAGCAUAUGACUUGUGCUGCUUCGUAUAUUGGGUGCAUGCACCUAACUUACCUGAAGAGCUGUUGUUUGGAUUUAUGUCAAACUGAUGAUUGGUGAAGGUAAAUAAGAUGGUCGUGGGUUUAUGUUGUGUGGUAUUACAAUUGUUGGUUAAGUAUGUAACAUUUUAUGAAAGAGAAUAAUGUCAAAGACAUGUCUAGCAGGCCAGAACAUCUAACCUGUUUUGUCAAUGACCCUCAAGCCGAAAACCUCUGUAGCUCUUAUUUAUCGACGUCAGAAGAUAUUAUUUGGUAUGAUGCCAUGAUUAAAUAUGUUUUUAUCGAACGCGCAGUAGAAUGAUUAAAUAUGUUGGGAACCCUAGUGGUUACAAUUACAAGUUUAUCAAUCCGCUCCAUCGAUUGUCCUUUUAUCAUUGCUGUAGAGAAUAAAAAUGAUUGUAACCAAAUGGCCAGCUGCAUGAUUGUUUGUGCAAAUCUGAAGCAAUGUUAUUUGAAUGUACAAUAGCAUCAGCGUAACAUUUUCAUUAUUGUUUUAAUCAUAAAUAGAUGCUGCUACUUCAUGGGAAAUUACAUGCUUGGCCUAAUCUGUCAAAUUUUUUUAGAAUGCUGAGGACAACGAAUAUCCGUUGGAUGUGUCGCCAGCACUGGAGUUUGUCAUAACAGAAAAGGAUAUUACUGGUACAGGAGCUGACUCGACACUUGUUGUCUUUAAUAAUGAAAGGGGAUUUUCGGCAGCAAACAUUGAAUCCAUAUGUAGGAUUGGCAGGUCCACUAAGAAAGGGAAUAGACAUCUUGGCUACAUUGGUGAAAAAGGUAUUGGUUUCAAAAGUGUAUUUCUAGUUUCAAGUCAACCACACAUAUUCAGCAAUGGAUAUCAGAUAAAGUUCAGUGAAAAGCCUUCAGCAGUUUGUGAUAUAGGAUAUAUUGUUCCUGAAUGGGUUGAUGGGAAGCCAAAUAUUGAUGACAUAAGAACAGUAUAUGGCCCUUCUAGGAGCCUUCCUACAACUGUUAUUAUCUUACCUUUGAAGACUGAUAAGAUUCUUGCUGUGAAGAAAGAACUUUCUAGCACGCAUCCUGAAAUUCUUUUGUUUCUUUCAAAGAUUAGGCAGCUCUCUGUCAAGGAAAUGAACAAUGAUCCCAAGGCCAGUAAGAUCAGCCAGAUUUCGAUCUCCAGUGAAGUGGACUACUGGUCCAGCAAGGACAUAGAUGCAGAGUCUUACACGCUUCAUUUAGCUAUGCAGGAAAAUAGCAAGGGGGAAACAGAAGAGUGCACCUAUUAUAUGUGGAGGCAAAAGUUUGCUGUCCAACCAGACUGCAGAAUUCAGAAAAGGAUGGAAGUUGAUCAAUGGGUAGUUACGUUAGCAUUUCCUCAUGGACAGAGACUAAGCAGAGGAGCAAAAUCGCCUGGAGUAUAUGCAUUCCUUCCUACAGAGAUGGUCACUAAUUUGCCCUUUAUUAUUCAAGCAGAUUUUCUUCUAGCUUCAUCCCGAGAGUCCAUUUUAUUUGACAGCCAAUGGAAUCGUGGUAUCCUUGAGUGUGUACCUUCUGCUUUUAUCAAUGCUUUUGGAGCUCUCUUGAAAUCGUCAAGGGAUGCCCCACAUUUUGCGCUCCCACCCAUUUUUAGGUUUCUGCCGAUUCAGGAAUCCUCAAUAUCGCUCUUUGAUAGUAUCAGGCUGUCCAUAAAAACCAAAGUUCAAGCUGAGGAUAUAAUGCCUUGUGAACCAUGCACUGCACAGAAGGUCUUCUGCAAGCCCGCUGAAGUCUCUCGCCUGGAUAGUGCGUUCUGCAGAAUUUUGAAUUUGGCCCAGAAGCAAGGGAUUGGUCUGCAGAAUCUAUCUUCGUAUGGUACUUUUGUACUAAGCUCCUACCUUGACAACCUUGAGUAUGAUGAUGUAUUAGAAUUUUUAGGUGUUGGAUAUGCCAAUAGAGAAUGGUACAGUAAGUGUAUUGAUGGAUUAAACCUUGUGAAAGAGGCAUCAGAAGAAGUGUACCUUCAGAUCUUAUAUUUUGUUGCUGGAAAUUGGAAAGUGUUUUCUGGAACAAGUAUGAUGCUUAUAUCUCUCAUAAAAUAUGUGGAUGCCAGCGGCCAAUUGUCAUGUUCCAGUGUGCUAGCAGCACAAAGGUCUUUAAGGUUAUGCACAACAUCUAAUUUGGAUGACUUAUCAGAUUUCUGAAUGAGAAUAACAAGACUCCACAUGUCAUUGAACAAAUGAAAAAUGGCUGCUGGGUUAAGACUCUUAUUGGCAGAAGAUCACCAUUAAAUGCAAUCCUAUUUAAUUCAGAAUGGGAGAAUGCCUCGGCCAUCAGUAUCUUGCCUUUUAUCGAUACAGCCUUCUAUGGGGUUGACAUAACUGAUUUCAGGUCAGAGCUUAGGCUAUUUGGAGUUGUUGUUGACUUCAAAAGAAAUUAUCAGCUGGUGGUUGAUAACUUUCGGUUCUCUAUAGAUACAAUCACUCCUGGUGCCACAAUACUAAUGCUCAAUUGUAUUCGAUAUGUUGAGGAAUGUCAUGAUUUUGUAGAAAGACUGAAAGAUCUCAGAUGGGUGAAGACUAAUGUUGGCUUCAGAGCUCCUCACGAAACAUUCCUUAUUGAUGAUGACUGGAAAUGUCUUUUGGAGGUCAUUGACAAGACACCAUUGCUUGAUCUGGAAUUCUAUGGGGAUGAAAUCAAGCUGUACAAAGAAGAGUUAUGUAAAACUGGUAUAAUCGCUGGCUUCAAGGAAGCAAGUAAGAAAAUAGUGUGUCAUGUCAAGAAACUUGUAAACACUAGUAUUACAAAAGAGCUGGCAUUUGCACUACUAAAAUGCUACAGUGACCUAACCACCAGGCAUGGGAGGUUACCUGUUGCUCUUGCGAACUUCAUGCAACAUGAGAGAUGGCUGCAUACAACAUUUGGUUUCAGGUCUCCGAAGGAAGCAAUUCUUUUUAGCUCAGAAUGGGAGUCUAUUGCUUUAGUCUCUUGCCUACCAUUCGUUGAUGACAGCGAUGCACAGUAUGGCCUUGGGAAGGAGAUUUACUGCUACAGUAAUGAACUGAAGGCCUUGGGUGCCAAAACUCGACUAGAACAGGGUGCAGCAUUUGUCAUUUCGGGGCUCCGUAUUCCAACUGAUCCAUCAGCUGUGACUCCACAAGCUGUUAUUUCAUUGCUAAAAUGCAUCAGAAUUUGGAGACAAAACGGAUCUGAUCUACCUAAAAGUUUCAUGAGCGCAAUCAACUUGAAGUGGGUUAAGACAACUGCAGGUUACCGCCAUCCAAACGGUUGUGUCCUCUUUGGUUCAGUGUGCUCUUCUCAUGUUUACAGGGAUGAUGGCCCUUUCGUAGAUGAAGUGUUUUAUGGACAGGAGCUAGUUUCAUAUGAGAGUGAGCUGCAAAAAAUAGGAGUUAAUGUGGAUCCCAGAGCUGGUUGUGCUUGUGCACUGAUGGCACAGCAUCUCAAAGGUCUCUCUAAUGCUGAUGCAAUCUCAAGGAUUUACUCGUACUUGGAGGUAUACCGCUGGAAGCCUCGAUUCACCAGUGAUGACUGGAUUUGGAUACCUCAUGCAGCUAAUCAAGGACAAUGGGUCAACCCUGCCAGUUGUGUUCUUUAUGAUACUCACGGUCUUUUUGGCUCUCAGCUCUAUGUUCUGGUGAAAUGGUACAGCAGCAAAUUGCUUCGAUACUUCAACACGGCUUUUGGUGUGAAGCAUCGUCCAACAGUCAGUGAUUAUUGCAAGCUCUGGAGUAUGUGGCAGGGCUCAAACUCUACACUGACACAAAAAGAAUGUGUUGCCUUCUGGGAAUUCUUUGGCAAGAACUGGAGCACUGAUAUGGGGAAAUUCAUUGCUGGGUGUGUCGAUAAGGUUCCUGUUAGUUCCGGAGACCAGAUCUUGCUACUUGAGAAACAAGAUGUCUUUAUUCCCGAUGAUCUACUACUUGAGGAUCUUUUCAAGAAGCAGGCUCAGAAACCUUUGUUUGUUUGGUAUCCUUCAACUAGUUUGCCUUGCUUGUCUCCUGCUAGAUUAAAUGAUAUCUACAGUAGCAUUGGUGUUCAGAAGAUAUCAAAAUCUGUUGUCAGCAAUCAAUACGAUCACUUGGAAAUUGAAUCUGUCACCCUUGUUCAUAAGGGUACCGUAAUUAAACUUGGCUUGCUCAAAAUUGUCCUGGCUUUCCUUACGGAUCCUAUCCUUGACAUUUCUGUCGAGAAGAGGUAUGAAAUGGUCACAAGUCUCACAAAUGUUGCUGUCUACGAGACAAGAGGGCCUCUCAAUGUGAGUUAUCAGGUUGGACUUUCCUCGGGAAGAAGCUUGCAUGUUACAUGUGCAAGGUUUUUCCGUUGGGAGAGGGAGAGCUCGAGGUUAUUUGUGACGGAGGCUGAUGAACCAGGAUCAAUGACCUAUGCAAUGAAGAUGGAGUAUGCAUCAUGUUUUGCUGAGGAGAUCUCAAAAGGAUUGUUGUCGGAGAAUAAAGAACAGAUUCCAGCUCUUGCUGAACUCGUGAGGACUGGGUUCUUGCUGGAAUUUGAUGUUCCUGCAGUUCAGAUUUUGUUGAAUUUGAAGAACCUACGACUGUUUGAGCAGGAUGAACAAUUUCUUUUAAAGCUUUCACAACAUUGUGACGAUGGACUAGGUGGUCCUUCUCCUUCCUAUAUUAAUAUAAUAGUUUGCUAUUUGAGGGUACUGUGGGAUUUUGCCAAGAGAUCAACAUACUGAUUUAGUUGCAUCUAAGGUUAUGAAGGAUUCAUGGAAGUGCGUUCAUAUGUGCUCUCCGGCAAAUGCGUCUCAAGAUACAAUUGCAAAACAUGUCUUAUGGUGUUCUUGCUUAGCUUCUUCUAUGUAUUUUUUUGGUUUGAACUAUUAUAUUAUUCCAGUGGUUUUUAUGUUAAUUAUGAAGCGUGGUUUGAAUAUCACAGUAUUUGAUAUAUUCGUACUUAUACUUUUUUAUUAGCUGACAGUGAUAUUUUACGGUAUGGAACUAUGGAUACUUUUCGUGGUU